AAUAAUUAACCAGAGAAAAUAGUAGUCAAGUUUGUGAUGAACGGAGGAGGAGGAGUGCAGAUGCUGCCAGUUGGCUACCGGUUUGAUCCGACGGAUGAGGAGCUUGUGGUUCACUACUUGAGGAGAAAGGUCCAUGGCCUCCCACUGCCGGCUUCCAUCAUUCCCGACUAUAACAACAACUACUACUUUGAUCAUCCCUCCCACCUGCCAAUGCCUCCAGGCGAGACCAUGCAAAAGAGGUACUUCUUCUACAAUAGUGAAUAUAAUGAUGAAAAAAGUAAGAAGAACAACAACCGCAGUAACUAUAAGAGGGCUGCUGCUGCUGCUGGUUGUGGUUCUUGGAGGUCUAUUGGGAAAGAGAAGCAAAUUGUUGCUACUACUCAUUCUGAUCAUCAAAGCAGCUGCAGCCAAGCUCAAUUAGCUGUCCUUGGGGUGAGGAAAACCUUGGUUUUCUGCGGCAGCCACAGGAAGAAGGAGACUAACCACCACUACCACUACCAACAUCAAUAUGGAAGCCUCAGUAGUAGCCCUCGAUGGUUCAUGCAUGAAUAUAACCUUCUUGGUUCUGAGGUGUUGGGAAACAGCUGGAUUCUGUGUAGUGUAUUUCAGAAGAGGAGAAAGCCUGCGAGCAAGAAAAGAGGUCGGACCUCAACUUUGGAUAUUACAGGAUCAGGCUAUCUUCCCAAACCUUCCAAUUCAUGUUCGAGUGAAAUCACUACUCACGAUCAGGAGGUCUUUUCCAAAUGUUAUUAGUUAGGAUGAGCUAGCUCAUGAUGGAUGAUGAUGAUCAGAAGGAAAACAACUUUAGUUAAUGGGAAAGAGCUAGCCAAAAAAAGGCUUUUCAGUUUUCAUGCAUCUAGCCUUUAGUUAAAUUGACCGGAUCGCCAUGCUAAUUAUGAGAGUUAGAUUGUGUUCUUGGAACAAAUCCAAAAUACCAGUUGGUUUCAUAAUUAACAAUUUCUCUCUCUCUAUUGGUCACCGUAACUUU